CUAUGGCGGAUGAAACGCAACGCAUUACAAAGUGACGUUUGAAACGCAACGUCGACACGUACACGCUAAUUAGCCAGCGCUGUGGUGUAGACGAGGCCACACCCCCUCUGUCUUCUGCUUCAGACUACUAGGACCACAAUGCUGGAUUGUUGGUUAGUAAGUAAAGAAAAUACAGGCCGUAGAAUCAAACUGCCUCAUGCUGAGCCGGUAUUGGUUGGACGAGGCCCUGAGACUCAAAUAGUGGACAAGAAAUGUUCCCGGCAUCAAGUGCAGUUGAUGUCGGAUUGCAACAAAGGCUAUGUGAAGGUCAGACAGAUGGGAACAAACCCAAGCAGUGUUGACUCUGUGGACAUCAGUAAAGAUCAAGAAGUCAAGUUAAAGCCUGGCCAAGUAUUAUACAUUGUAAAUAAACUGUAUCCUUACACAGUAGAGUUUGUUAAAGAUGCAGGAACCUGUGGAACCAAACAUGUCCCAGAGACCAUAAAGAGCAAAACGAAAAGGUCUUAUGAUAGUUCACAAAAUGAUCCCUUGGGGAUUUCAGGGAAAUGUCCCAAAUCAGAAGCAGAUGAUGUACUGAACAGCAACAAGAGUAAAGAAAAGCCAAGGCCUUCUUCUGAGGUUAAAGGCCAAGGACACUGGAGUCAAGGUUUAAAGGUUUCUAUGCAGGAUCCAAAUAUGCAGGUUCUCAAAGAUGACAAAGUUGUGGUUAUAAAGGACAAAUACCCGAAAGCACGUUACCACUGGCUGGUGUUACCAUGGCAGUCUAUCUCUAGCCUGAAGAUGCUGUGUACAGAACAUCUGGAGCUUCUACAACACAUGCAUGCAGUAGGGGAGAAGAUCGCAAAGCAGCAUGCAGAUGACAGCAAAGCACAAAUUAGGCUAGGCUACCAUGCUAUUCCAAGCAUGAGUCAUAUUCAUUUACAUGUCAUUAGUCAAGAUUUUGACUCUCCUUGCCUUAAAAACAAGAAACAUUGGAACUCCUUCACGACUGAAUACUUUUUGGACUCUGAAGAGGUUAUAAACAUGGUAAAAUUAAAUGGGAAAGUGACAGUGAAAGAUGGCGCCUCAGAACUCCUUAAGUCUCCUCUCCAGUGUAAUGUAUGUAAAAUCCAGCAAGCCACCAUUCCUCAGUUAAAGGAACACUUAAAGAAACAUUGGACUUAAUACAGGGCUAAAGAAACACAAGCUUUUAUUGCUGGGACCUAGAAUCUGGGGAUACACUAUCAAACAAUGCUUAUCGUCUCUGCCUCAUAUAGACUACAGAACGUACAAGAUUGGCUCAUGAUUUGCACAGUACAUCACUGGUGCGUGUUAGACUUAAACUAAAACCACUUUUUUUUUUUAUGACUAGCUAUAUAUGCAUUGCGAUGGGCAGUUAAUAGUAAUAGAUUAUACGGAUCAAGCAGUAAGUUAUCUAUAUACCUCCCUUUCUGGGCUUUUCUGUGUUGGUUAAUAUAAUUUUCCUUUGACCAGCACUUGAUCACUCUUUAAUCCCCACCAGGAUAGCAGGUAAGAGUCACAAUGGCCCAGGAAGCAGCAGAUGUUUUUAGUUGGACAUGUGAAAGUUAGGACGAUGUCUAUGUAAAAAAAAAAAAUAAUAAUAAUAAUAAAUAAACACAGCCCUGAAUCCAUUGUCUUUGCCUUCCC